AUGUUACGUUGCGCAUUAUUUGCCCUACGGACAGUUCCUUUUCGAGCAUCAUAUCAAAUUCCAGCUAAAGUCAUUAAGCAAGACAUACGUAAUUAUACUGCUAUUAAUGCAACAAACCAUUUUUUCCCUGCUAAUGUAAACAAUCAUGGAAACUUUUUGAAGAACAGACAUAUUUUACAAAUAGCUAAUAAUCUGAACCCAGUGCCGGUCAGAACUGUUAUCAAGUUUAGCCUGAAACGUGGUAAACGGAAAACGGUCAAAGCGGUAGUGAAAAGAUUCUUUCGUCUUCACUGGGGUGGAUGGAUAAGAACUAAAGUAGGUCAGCCAAGCAUUGGUGGUAUUGGUAAGGUCGCUACAGCUGUUUCAGGUGACUGGGAAAUAUUAAAAUCUGAUGCCUUCGAUAAAGUUAAAAAGGUUCAAUCUAAGAAUCCCGAGGGAGUGCCACUUUCUUCUGUGAAACUAUGUGCACCCAUUCAUGGCAUGGAUAAAGUUCUCUGCAUUGGUCUCAAUUACAAGGACCACUGCCAAGAACAGAAUCUAUCACCACCUGAAGUGCCCAUAAUCUUUAGUAAAUUCUCGAGCACUGUGGUUGGACCCUGCGAUGCUGUGAGGUUGCGGGAAGUGACUAAGAAAGUGGAUUGGGAGGUGGAGUUGACAGUGGUAAUCGGGAAACCAGCCAGCGACGUCAAAGCGACCGACGCACUCGACUACGUGUUGGGCUACACCAUUGCGCAGGACAUCAGCGCCAGGGACUGGCAGAAGAGCAGGAACGGCGGCCAGUUCCUGCUAGGGAAGUCCAUGGACACCUUCUGCCCCAUCGGACCCUGCAUCACCACCAGCGACGAGAUCGGGGACGCCCAGAACCUCGCCAUAAAGUGCUCCGUCAACGGAGUCUUGAAGCAACGCAGCAAAACCGAUCAGCUGAUACACAAGAUUCCCGACGUCAUCGAGAGACUGUCUUCUGUCAUGACUCUAUUGCCCGGUGACAUAAUACUGACUGGGACCCCUGGCGGUGUCGGUAUGUACCGCGACCCGCCGGAGUACCUCAAGCCCGGUGACGUCAUCCACAGCGAGAUCGAGAAGAUCGGCGUGCUCGAGACGAGGGUAGAAAAGUUC